CUGGAGAACAUAUACGCGGCAACCUCGAGAUAAAAAUCCGCGAACACAUUCUGUUUCGUAGAUUUCAUGCCCAGUGAUAGCUCCUCGGACCGGCACAUUCCGUUGGAAAAUGUUGAGUGAAAUAAAAUAAAAGCAAACUUGUGAAACAAAGGAUAAAGUGAUGAAUAAAUGGAUAAAUGGAAUAGUUCUGGUUCAAGGCCUGCUGUAUAUUAGCAUCCAGGGUCUAACUAUCGACCUUGAGGGCGUAUUAGUCGAGGACCGUCUGGUGGUUGGGGGCGGGCAUGUUGUCCUUCCCUGUCCAGGAGGCGUGUCUACAAGGGUGGAGUGGAGAUGCAGAGGAUGCUUUUCUAUUUCGGAAACCAAGGAAACUAUUGUUGCUGAGCUGGUCAAAUCCAGACCUGAGAACCUAGUGUAUCCGGACCGUAUUCAUCUGGUACCUGGAGAUUCAGGAUACAACCUUGAGAUCAAUCCUAGUUUUACACAGGAUUCUGGGAAAUAUUUCUGUUUACUGAACAAGGAAGCCAAACCAACAGUAGUGUAUAAUCUUGCUGUACAGGAUGUUGCCUCUACCCCAGGGAAACCAUUGAUAAUGUCCUUUAACUCUACAGCAGUUAAUUUAUCCUGGGCUCCUCCUCUUCAGCAGCAUCAUGCUCCGGUCAGCACAUACCUUAUACAAAUCCUAGAGGGAGAAAACACUAACUGGGCCAGUUAUACUACAAUUAGUACAGAUUCUCCUGAGACGACCUACACUGUUCCAAAUCUAAAACCCUUCACGGUCUACUCUUUCAGAGUGAUCGGGAAGAACAAGAUUGGACCCUCUCCAGCUAGUCUUCCUUCCUAUCAUAUGAUGACUCUACGAGAAGCUCCCAGAGGAAAACCAACUAUACUCAACACAAGAAACCUUAGUUCAAGUUCUAUACAGCUAGAGUGGAGGGCCCCAGAUCUGGAUUCUAUAAAUGGAGAAUUCAUUGGAUACAGGAUAUCCUGGAAGCCUCGAACAAGUUCAAUCCGACCACAAUUCCUAGAUCUCAAGGAUCCUGGUCUUCUGGAGUACAGGUUGACAGGACUAAAGGCCUUCACGUUCUAUCUUAUAUCUCUACAGGUUAUGAAUCCUGAAGGGCUUGGUCCCCCUGCCAGUGUAACAGUAACUACUGAUGAAGGAGUUCCUUCAAGCCCUGUCAACUUAACAAUCAUCACGAUCACCAACAGCGGGCUGAUUAUGCAAUGGAAUAAACCGGAAGCACCAAACGGAAAUAUAUCCGGUUACAGACUGUUCUAUGCCGCAGAACAAUUUACAAAUGUGAAGACGAUCAACUCGAGUGCUGAUAUUGUGACUGGGGAGAUAGAAGGACUAGAUGCGUACAGGAAAUACCAUGUGUUCGUGAAAGCUUUCAAUUCAAGAAAUGAGGGAAAUUCGUCAGAAACCAUUCAGGUAGGACAUAAAAUAGGACAAUAUAAUAGGUACCGUGUUUACUACCGGAGAAAGGACGAAGAGUCCUGGAGAAAAAGAGAGAUAAUCGUCCCACCUGUACCUUCAGGAUCCCCCCCAGAGAGAAUUCUUCUCGUGAACCUAACAGGGCAAGAGUACUCUGUUUAUGUACAAGGGUACACGCAAUCCUUGUACCGUGAAAAUCUACAGUAUCCUGGAGAUACAAGUGAAAUCCUUCAUGUUAUUCCAGGCAGGGACUGUAACAGGGUUCAGGUUUCCCCAAUGCGUGAAGGUGGACCUGGAAGAUUGGGAGCAUCUCAUGGUAUUAUCUUGGGUUGUCUUGCUGUUAUCCUGGUUCUUUUAAUAGCUGUAGUAUCUUUAGCAUACUGGAGAAGAAGUGUAAUGAAGAAAAGAUUUUAUAUUCCUGCCUAUGGAGGAUGUUCCCAUCAAGACGACAUUAUGUGGGAUAUACAGGUGGGCGGUGAUGAGAGUGGGCGUACCUGUGUCCAAGCUGGUGGAUUUCUACAGCACGUUCAACUUCUUCAUGCAGAGGGAGAUUCUGGUUUUCAUGAAGAAUAUCAAAAUAUCAAACAAGGAAUAACAGGAAACCCUGUGUUGAGAGUACAGUCCCCAGGGAAACCGGUUUCUAUGAAAAUCUACAAUUUAGACAGUUUCCAGUCUAGGAGUUCCUACCUGUACCUACCUGAGCCCUGGAGUAUAGAUCCAAUAGAGUUCUGGAUGUUCAUUAAUAAAUCAGGAAUCAACACAAUCGUGUCAGUUGAUACGGAGCUGGACAACCUCUUCCCAAGAGAGCCCCGAACCUACGGAUCUCUAGACAUUCUACCUGGAGCUGAGAGAUCGCACCCUUCAUUUAGAAUCCGACGAUUCAAUAUUGAUCAGAGGAGAGGAAAGAAGAGCGGAUCCAGGUAUAUAUGUACAAGGUGA